AUGUUAUAUCUCAAGCCCCUAAAGUGGGACUUUUCUGCUGGACUGCAUGAGGCAUCACUUACUCGCUGGACAGGAAGCCAUCCAUCAGCAGAGGACCACAGAGAGGAAGUCAGUCGCCGGAGUGCAGAUCCACAGGUUCUUCAUCCAGGAAUCAGGCAGCAGGUGCAGAUCGAUCUGAUCCUGAUGAAAGCUGGAAGUUUAUUCCUCAACUGUUUGCCCGGCAUCAAGUGGCUCAGCCUGCCUGAGAUUGUAGAUGAGUUUGAGAAGCUCAUGACCAGACAGAUCGAUCUUCGGUUUGAAGCGCAGAACAUCGAAAAGUUCCAAAAGAACUUUAAAGAUCUGCAUGUGAAGUUUCCAACGCCUCUCAGACCGUUUGUCACAAGGACUGUGUUGGUUGAAACAUAUGAGGAAAGUGAACCCAUCUCAAAGUACCUGAGCUCCGACGUUCCAGAAGGACUCAAGCAGAGAAUCGCAUGGAUGGGUGUCGACCUUCUUUUGAAAAUGGUGUUUGUGGAUAAUUUCGUCCACUGUGACCUCCAUCCCGGGAACAUCCUGGUGCAGGGUGGGCGAGGAGAGGGACCCCAGGACAGGGUGACUCUGAUGGACAUGUGUGACACUGUGGUGGUCAGCAUGAGGCCGAGUCCUCCGCCUCUACAGCUGGUGCUGCUGGACGCGGGCAUCGUGGCACCGCUCAGCGAGGCGGAUCAGCGCAACUUCAGAGCCGUGUUUACCGCUGUCGUUCUCAAACAGGGUGAGCGAGUUGCAGAGCUAAUCCUUCAUCACGCCCGCGCCAAUGAGUGCCAGGAUGUGACACGUUUCAAGAAGGAAAUGGCUGAACUAGUGGAUCAUGCACUCAGUGACACACUUUCUCUGGGAAAGAUUCAGGUGGCCGAGCUGUUGUCUCGAGUCUUUGGUUUACUGAUUCAUCACAAGGUGAAGUUGGAGAGUAAUUUUGCGUCUGUGGUGUUUGUCAUCAUGGUCCUGGAGGGUUUGGGUAGAUCCCUGGAUCCCAACCUGGACAUCCUGGAGAUCGCCAAACCCCUCCUGCUGAAAUACCUGCUCUGA